AUGGCUACUAGAUUCCAAGGAUCAACUACAGCACGUUAUGUUGGCACUGGUGGGUCUUUGAAGAAUAACAUACACAAUAAUGUCACCCUAACUGCACAGCAGUUAAUGGACUCCGCGAAGCUUGAUGAGAUCGACUCUAUGAUGGGCUUUGAGCGUUACGUUGCCCCUCAAUAUGGCAAUAAAACCCAAUUAAUUAAUGAAAUACCUGGCAGAAUUGGCUGGCUAGUUAAUAUGCAUCCUACAGUUGUAUCUCAAGAUGUUGCUUCAAAUGGAGGAAAAGCGCCAUUAACACCUGCUGGUAUAUCGGGUGUGGAUUUCUAUUUUCUAGACGAAGAAGGAGGUGGAUUUAAAUCGACGCUCACUUUUGAUCCAUACUUUCUUAUAUCUUGCAAAGACGAAUCGCGAACUAACGAUGUCGAAGAAUAUCUGAAAAAGUAUCUAGAACACUGCCUUAAAGAUGUUGAGGUGAUUACUCGAAAUGAUUUAUCUAUGACAAAUCAUCUAGUCGGUCUAGAGAGAACUAUGCUGAAGCUAUCAUUCACCAACAAUAAUAAUCUCUUUGAAGCUAGAAAAUUACUGCGACCAAUACUUAGAGAUAACGAGAGUAAUCAACUACAGAGAGCGCUUUACAGUUCCACGAAUACGGCAAUUGAAGACACAAAGAUGUUAAUUUCGGACAUGCGAGAAUAUGAUGUUCCUUAUCAUGUACGUGUCUCAAUUGAUAACAAUAUAAGGGUAGGGAAAUGGUACAAGGUAACAUCACGGGGGUUUUUGGAAGUGACGGAGAAAGUGGCAUUUGCAGAUCCAGUUGUCCUUGCAUUCGAUAUAGAAACCACAAAGCCUCCAUUAAAAUUUCCAGAUGCAUCGAUUGAUCAAAUAAUGAUGAUUUCAUAUAUGAUAGACGGUGAGGGUUACCUGAUAACUAAUCGAGAGAUUAUCUCUGAGGAUAUUGACGAUUUCGAAUAUACACCCAAACCAGAAUAUCCAGGUCAAUUUACUAUAUUCAAUGAAGCUGAUGAACUAGCAUUACUGCAAAGAUUCUUUGAGCAUAUUAGGGAUGUAAGACCGACGGUAAUUUCAACAUUUAAUGGUGAUUUCUUUGACUGGCCAUUUGUUGAUACACGUUCUAAAAUUCAUGGUCUUAAUAUGUAUGAAGAGAUAGGCUUCGCUCCUGACUCCGAAGGUGAAUACAAAUCGUCAUAUUGUGCCCAUAUGGACUGUUAUAGGUGGGUGAAACGUGAUUCUUAUUUACCACAGGGCUCUCAGGGUCUGAAGGCCGUUACACAGGCAAAAUUGGGUUAUAAUCCUAUCGAGUUAGACCCAGAACUAAUGACCCCUUAUGCAUAUGAGAAGCCUCAGCAUCUUUCUGAAUAUUCAGUGUCGGAUGCAGUGGCUACUUAUUAUUUAUACAUGAAAUAUGUGCAUCCUUUCAUUUUUUCUUUAUGCACUAUUAUUCCACUCAAUCCUGAUGAGGUUCUGAGGAAGGGAACAGGAACACUAUGCGAGAUGUUGUUAAUGGUGCAGGCAUACAACGGACAAAUUCUACUACCAAACAAGCAUACUGAUCCGAUUGAAAGGUUUUAUGAUGGUCAUCUGCUUGAAUCUGAGACGUACGUUGGUGGCCAUGUGGAAUCAUUAGAGGCAGGUGUCUUUCGAAGUGACAUAAAGAACAAUUUUAAAAUUGAUCCCACAGCAAUUGAUGAGUUACUUGAAGAUUUACCCAAUGCUCUUAAAUUUUGCAUCGAAGUUGAGAAUAAAGCUAAAUUAGAAAGUGUCACCAACUUUGAGAAUAUCAAGGAUCAAAUCACUCAAAAGUUACUGGACUUGAAAGAGAAUAGCGACCGAAAUGAACUGCCUUUAAUAUAUCAUGUUGAUGUCGCUUCUAUGUAUCCUAAUAUCAUGGUUACAAAUAGAUUACAACCAGACAGUGUCAAGACAGAUCGGGAUUGUGCCAGCUGUGAUUUUAAUAGGCCAGGUAAAACAUGCGACAGAAGACUGAACUGGGCGUGGAGAGGUGAAUUUUUCCCAGCGAAAUUGGAUGAAUAUAAUAUGGUUAAAAGGGCUUUGCAAAAUGAAACGUUUCCUAACAAAAAUAGAAACUCUAACAGACAAUUUCUGACAUUCGAGGAGUUAAGUUAUUCAGAGCAAGUUGCUCAAAUAAAAAAACGUCUGACUGAUUAUUCUAAAAAAGUAUAUCAUAGAGUGAAGGCUUCUGAAGUUGUUCAGAGAACAGCAAUUAUAUGUCAGCGUGAAAACCCUUUUUAUGUCAAUACUGUGAGAUCAUUUCGAGACAGAAGGUAUGAAUUUAAAGGACUAGCGAAGACCUGGAAAAAGAAACUCUCAGACAUUGAUCUCAAUGAUAAGCAUGAACGAGAUGAGGCUAAAAAGAUGAUUGUGUUGUAUGACUCUCUUCAGCUUGCUCACAAAGUUAUUUUGAACUCAUUUUAUGGUUAUGUAAUGAGAAAGGGCUCACGUUGGUAUUCGAUGGAGAUGGCAGGUAUAACCUGUUUGACUGGUGCUACCAUCAUUCAGAUGGCAAGAUCGUUGGUAGAACGAAUUGGUCGCCCUCUAGAAUUAGAUACGGAUGGUAUUUGGUGUAUUAUCCCCAAAUCGUUCCCGGACAAUUUUAUAUUUGAACUUGACAAUGGAAAGAAGAUUUUUCUUUCAUAUCCAUGCUCCAUGUUGAAUUAUAGAGUUCACUGCCGAUUUACCAAUCAUCAGUAUCAGACUUUAGUGGAUCCCAUUAAACACAAAUAUCAAACUCACAGUGAUAACUCUAUUUUUUUCGAGGUUGAUGGACCUUACAAAGCAAUGAUAUUACCGACUUCCAAAGAAGAAGGAAAAGGAAUCAAAAAGAGAUACGCGGUGUUCAAUGAAGAUGGAUCUUUAGCAGAAUUAAAAGGGUUUGAACUUAAAAGGCGUGGUGAACUACAAUUAAUUAAGAACUUCCAAAGUGAUAUAUUCAAAGUCUUUUUGGAAGGCAAUAGUUUAGAGGCAUGUUAUGCUGCCGUGGCUUCGGUUGCAAAUAGAUGGCUGGAUGUCUUGGAUACUAAAGGGGCUAUGCUGGAAGAUGAAGAUUUGAUAGCAUUGAUUUGUGAGAAUAGAAGUAUGUCAAAGACUUUAAAAGAAUAUGAGGGCCAAAAAUCUACAUCUAUUACCACUGCAAGAAGACUAGGUGAAUUUCUUGGUGAGGAAAUGGUUAAGGAUAAAGGCUUACAGUGUAAAUAUAUCAUAAGCUCUAAACCCUUGAAUGCUCCGGUUACCGAGCGUGCUAUUCCUGUUGCUAUAUUUUCAGCGGAUCUGAGCGUAAAAAGAUCAUUUUUGAGAAGGUGGCUAAUGGACUCUUCCUUAGAAAACUUCGACCCUAGGGCAAUAAUCGAUUGGGAUUACUAUCGAGAAAGGCUUGCAUCGGUUGUUCAAAAGAUUAUUACCAUACCAGCAGCGUUGCAAAAUAUUAAAAAUCCUGUUCCAAGAGUGAAUCAUCCCGACUGGUUACAGAAACGAAUUGCAGUAAGUGAGGACAAAUUCAAACAAACUUCCUUAACGAAAUUCUUCAAGAAGACAAAGCAGGCACCUGUUGUCAAAGACAUAGAGGAUACUUUUUUGGACAGCGAAUCUGCUGAUAACUUCGCUAAAAUGAGAAUUGCCAAGAUCACGACUAAAAAGAAAGCCAAAAGAAGGCGAGAUCAAGGUGAAGAAGAGCAGAACCUCACUUUACCUUCGGAAAUGCCUUCAAUGGAUGAAGAUUAUAUUGGUUGGUUAAAUUACCAGAAAAUAAAAUGGAAGAUUCAAGCAAGAGACAGAAAAAGAAGAACACAAUUGUUUGGAAACGCUGGUAGUGUAUCACACCGCUCAACUCUAGGGAACAUACUAAGGAAACAUGCCGAAUCUUAUGCAAAUUCAACCUGGGAAAUUUUGGAGUACAAGGAGACAUCUGAACCCGGUGUUUUGGAUGUUUAUGUUCAAGUCAAUCGAAAAGUUCAUACAUUGAAGUUCAAAAUGUCCAAAAGCGUGUAUAUGAAUUUCAAAACAAAUUCUCUGCCCAAUGGAACUAUUGAAAAUUGUCUCGUGGAAAAGUCGACAAGCGUUUUACCUAAUGAUCGUUCUCUCAAUGACAAAAAAAAUAGCUCAUUAUUCAAAUUGACAUUGCCUGAAGAAGUGUAUCUCGACGAGAUUCAGAAUCCUUCUAGUGUUCUUAAUCAUGAGUCUGUACUUGGUAUCUUUGAAAGUUCAGUUAACUCCAUUGAAAGAGCUAUAAUAGAACUUGGCUCAUCGGUGGGUUUCAGUUCCAAUGCUGUUGGUGCACUAGGAAGGGGUUUACAAAAAGGAUUCGAGUCAAAGCAUUUGCACAUGGUAGACGAGGGCCGCUACCUUGAGCAAUUUUACUUAGAGCCAGCAUACCUUUUGCAUCUUUCAACAAAUAUUGGUUACGAGUUUUUCGUGCUGUACCGGAGCUGGGAUAAGAAAUUAGAAGUAUUUGUCUUGAAGCCAUCGGAAAGUGCUCAGAAUUUAAGCGUUUCUAUGCUUGAAAGUAUCUAUGAAGAAACUUAUUUGAAAAAGGUUGAAAAGCUUAAUAGAUUCUAUGAUCUCAUCAAAUUCAGUGAGAAUAUUCAUGUUGACUACAAACCGUUUACUGAUUUACCACGGCUGUACAAAAGGCUUUCGGCGUCCAUAGGAAAACUCAGUGAUGAAAAGGGUUCACAAGUCAUCGUACUUUUACAAUCUCCAUUCGCAAAAAAGUUGCGCAAGACUGUUAAACCUUUUCUUCAAAUGCCUGUAAUAGAGAUAUCCAUGGCAGAAACUGUACUACCCCAACUCAAAUGGCAAGAAAAACUGGUCAAUUUGAUCGUAAACCAUGUUCUGUCUUUGGGACCUUGGCUAAAAAAUCUGAUUUCUCUAUCCCGCUACAGUAAUAUUCCUCUCUGCAAUCUAAAUCUUGAGAAAAUGAGUUACGUUAUUGAUAUCAUGUAUGCAAGAAAUUUGAAAAAGCAGGAUAUUGUACUGUGGUGGAACGGCUCUAAUCCUUUGCCGGACCAUGGAGGUGUUGAGAAAGAUUUCAAUCCACUCAUGGCUUCUCUGAUGACCGACUUGGAGGCUCCUGUGUUCAACAACCCUGAAAUCUAUGAUUCGGUUGUGUUGGAAAUUGAUAUCAACAACCUAACUGUGAAUACAGUUUUAUCGUCAGCACUCAUAAAUGAAGCAGAGGGAAGUGACCUUGCUGAUAUGGCAAUUAGUGAUAACGGUAAUGAAGAUAAUAAGUUGACAGGACUCGCUUUUGUGGAAGAUUCUUUCUCAAAUGCCGCUCUUGGCGUUUUACGGUCGCUGUUGAAGCAGCUCUGGGAUGAUGCCCUGACAGACAAUAUAACAGCAGACUCUUUGGUUCACACCUUCAUUAACUGGAUUUACGCACCAGAUUCAAAGCUUUUCGACUACUCUUUGAGGUAUCAUGUGCAUAAUUUGACAAAAAAGGCGUUGCUUCAGCUGAUCAAUGUUUGUAAGUGCCUUGGAUCUUCCGUUGUAUUUGCUAAUAGAAACAAAUUAUACCUAAAAACAAGCAAGACCACUGUUGAGAACUCCUAUGCGUAUGGGCAAUAUUUGACAAAAGCCGUGCGGACCACCCCAAUGUUCCAUUACUUGGAUCUUUCUAUAUGCAGAUAUUGGGACUUGUUAAUCUGGAUGGAUAUUUAUAACUAUGGUGGACGCGCGUGCUCAAAGAUAGAAGAACGAGAAGAUCAAAAACUUACGGCAUACUCAAAAUGGCAUAUUAAGAAUUUUCUUCCAAUCAUUUAUCAACAGGAAUUUGAUGAUUGGAUGAUAAUCAUACUGGAUAGUAUGAUCAAAGCCAAAGAAUCAUACUAUGAGUCCAACACUGGCACACAAAGAUUGACUCAAAUUCCUCCAGUGAGAUCAGUGUCUGGUACUGCGCAAGACGGAGACGAAGUAGAUCCAUUAGCAGGCUUCACAGUUAGAUUUGGUCAGCCUAUGGCUAAAAGAAUGUCAAAGCUACUUAAGAACCAGCAAGAAUUCAUAUUGGAUCCUACUUUUGGAGCAGACUACGCGUUUCCAAUGCUUCCAGGCUCACAUAUAAAGAUGAGAAAUCCUUUGCUAGAAUUGGUUAAAGAACUCUGUCAUAUAAUGAUGCUUUCCAAGAAGAGAACUCUCGAAGUUAGAACGCUAAGAAAGCAACUGCUCAAAAUUUUUGAAAUUGGGGAAUUUGACUGGGAGUCCGAGUUUAGGGAUCCUAGUUCGUCUCUAGUAGUUGUUAAUUUGAUCUGCGAAUACUGCUCUUCUAUUGAUGACGUGGAUUUUUGCAAGAAGGAUGGAGAUCGCCAAUUCCAAUGCCAAAAGUGCCAUAAACCAUAUGACACUACCCUUCUUCAAGAGCACUUGGUUCAGAGCUUACAAACGGAGGUAGAGGCUUUUUUUCUGCAAGACUUGAAGUGCAAGAAGUGUGGUAGAGUCAAAGAAAACUCUAUGUCAAACUAUUGCCCCUGUUCUGGAGAAUGGAAGACUUCAGUUUCUCGGAAAUCAUUGGCAUCAAAACUUGAAAUUUUCAAAAACGUCUCUCAUUAUUAUAACUUUGAACUUUUACUAUCUGUUAUAGACGAUUUGUUGUGA